UCUUGGAAGCAUCUUUGGCAUUAAAUCUCCGCGAAGAUCUCCAUAGACUCCUUCAAGAACAUCAAACCGCCAUUUUUACAUAGCUGCCUGCUUGAAGCUUUGCAUGAAAUGCUUGGCGUUUUUUACAGAUAUACCAGCAGUAAUUGAUGAUGUCUUUGGAACAGUUUAAAGAAAAAAUAUCUACCUACAAUUUUCCUCGUAAGUUAUGGAUGUUGGCCAGCAACAAGGAUAUCGAUUCGGUAUUUUGGGUAAAAGGUGGAACAGCAAUAAUGAUCGAUAGAAAUAGUAUUGAACGGGAGUGCUUUGCAACAGGUAUAUUUAAUGUGACGAAAACUAGUCAUCUACUGCGACAGCUAUGUUAUUAUAACUUCAAAAGAGAUUAUACGUGUAAAGAAUAUUUGUUGUUUAGCCAUCUGAAUUUUCAUGCUGGAAGGGAAGAUCUUUUACCUUUUGUAAGAAGAUCACUAAAAUCUGGUAGAAGAAAAAACAUAAAAAAUAAUAUGACAAAAUCUGUUAAAAGAAAAAAGAAAUUAGUACUUCUUAAAAGUAGUGAAUUGGAAAGCAAUGUGGAUGAUAGGCAGUCCCUAAAAGAUUCAAACUUUAUUGCUGAUCAGGGAAUUAAUUCUCAAAUUAGGGAUGGAAAUUUAUUAUCAGAUGUUGAACUGGAGCCCAGUGGCAGUAAAUCAGCACAGUAUUGCAGUGAAAAGUUAGAAGUGGAUAGUGAGAAUGGUGAUCUGCAUUUUGAAAUGGGAUCCUUUAGAAAGAGCUCAUAUGUGUAUACUGGUCCAGUAUGGUUAAAGACUGAAAAAUAUUCAGAUAAAUACUCAAGUUUGAAAUUAGCAGACUUGAAUUGUGAAGAAGAAUCAAGUUCAGAUGCAGAGCGAUGCCCAAGAAAUAUUGUUGAUAUGAAGUUCCAAGAAUAUUUGGAAUUUUCAUUACCUUUUGAAGGAACUUUUAAUUCUUUUAGCAAUGUAAUGUGGGAUGGCGAGUCACAAGAAUCUUUACAAACAACAGGGCCUCCAAAGAAGCAUUUAUGUGAAACAUUGAUUGAUGGAAUUCUUCACCCUAUCUAUGAUGAAAUGUUUAUUUACCCUUUGAAAGGAAAAACAGAAUUAAGAAACAGAAUAACAUGGCAGAAAAAGAAGCAUCUUAUCGAGCUUUAUAAAAGUCAACUGGAAAAUGGGGAAAUUUGCAUUUCAAAUUUACUUGAUUCAGAAAAUGAUAUAAAUCAUGAACUGCUUUAUGAUAUUCUCACAUCAGAUAUCAAAGUGUGAUAAGAAAAUAAUUUUAGACUUCUUUAUUUGUAUAUUACCAGGAUGCUAUAUAUGGUAGUUUAACAGUAAAAUUCGUGAAAUUUUAUCAGUUGCUAUGCGAGAAUCAAAGACAGAAUUCCUGUUAAUUAAUAAUAAAGUUAGAUUUAAUUUUGAUUUUUGUUACACUGUGGAAUAAUCUAGAAUUUAAAAUUGUUUCUCAUAUAUUAAAAAUGUAUUUGAAGGUGAUUUGUACAUUUAUUUAUGAACUGCACCCAGUGAGCAUAUUGUGAGAUAUUAUUAUGUAUUUUAAUAAUAAUUUUUAAAUAAUUUAAUAAUUAAUACAUAAUUAAGUGAGAAAUAUAUAUUAUCUUAUUCAGUUCCUUUUCAUAUUUUGAAAAAUUAAAUUAAUGGAAUACAGCAGAUUUAGUCAACUUUAUUUUAGUAAAUUUUUCAAAAAUAUUACUUAGUUUUUAAUUUUGGCUUUUGUAUCAAAAUCAUAGUUUCUCAUAGAAAAAGAGCUUAAAAUUUUAGCCUUUGAUAAUCAGAAAUUAAAAUAGAGUAAAAUAUUCAAGUAAAACAUAAUCCACAUUUGAAGCUUAAAUUUUUAUAUUAUGCUAAUUGCUGUGCUAAAUUUUUUUUCUAUGUUAAUUUUAUUUAAAGUUAUAUGCAAUUCUGUAAUUAGCAGCAAGCUAUAAUUUUGAAUGGAUAUUUAAAAUAAAAUUUGAUUAUUGUUUAUAAAUUAAUUAUUUUUUAUUUCCAAUGGCAGAUUAGAAGACAAUUGUAGUCAGAAAUACAAACAGAAGAAACAAGUAAUAAAACUAAAACUACAGUAAGUCUAUAAAAUCUUUCAUCUUGUGCCGAGCUCUCCAAUAUUUCUCCCACAAGUGUCCUGAUUCCGGUGCAAGGCACAGACUCAUGGUUCUCAUCCGUUUCCUCACAAAUGUUGCACAAUUGGCAAAGAAUACUUGGAGGUACUUUUAUAUGAUAUAGAUACUUGGAGAGGCAAUCAUGGCCAGUGGCAAGGUGAAAAGUGACGACAGAUGUGUCCCUUGGCUAUAGUGGAAUAUUUGUGAUUUUCUCAGUCCAUUUCUUCUCUUUGUUUGCCUCUUUGAUAUUAUUCCAAUAGUCCUCUCUAACAUAUUUUUUUUUUAAUUAACUGUUUGGUCAUAUGACAAGGAAUUGGUUUAUCUGUUAUUUGAGCAAUUUUGGUUGCCUUCUUUGCCAGGGAGUCAGCCAUUUCAUUACCUUGGAGUCCACAGUGUGCUGGUACCCACUGCAAAGCAACUUUUUUGUGGUUUUCGAUUAAAUCAUUGAGGCUCAGGUAAAUAUUUAAAAUAUCAGCUGAAAUUGCAGCUUCAGAUAGCAUUUUGGAAUUAAGAUUUUGGAGAAUUUUUGGAAGAACAACGAAAACAUAAUGUUUGAAUGUUGUACUUCUGAUACUAAAAGUCUUUUUCUUAACAUGUUUAUAUUCCCUUUAUUUUUUCAACUUUUCACUAGACACAAGUAUGAAAAAUAUCAAAAAUGUUUCUAAUCUUUUCACAUGGACAGGCAUUUAUAAAAAAAGAAUUUUUCUCUUGAUAAAGAAAUUGAAAACUGACAAUUUAAAAGAUUCACCUUAUAUGUCUCAUUGGAUUAUACACAGGAUUGACACAGCAUUCACCACCUGA